CACCCGACUGCCGCCGCGCCGCCAUCAUGGACACGAGCCGUGUGCAGCCCAUCAAGCUUGCCAGGGUCACCAAGGUGUUGGGCAGGACCGGUUCGCAGGGACAGUGCACGCAGGUGCGCGUAGAAUUCAUGGACGACACGAGCCGCUCCAUCAUCCGAAACGUGAAAGGCCCCGUGCGCGAGGGCGACGUGCUCACCCUGUUGGAGUCAGAGCGAGAGGCUCGGAGGCUGCACUGAACUUGUGACUGGGUGCUGGAUGUCUGGGUUGAUGCCGUGGCCCACCAGGAUUAUCUGCUGUUAAUAAAGCGUUUAUAUCGUA